GCUGGUAACACAUGAUAUUUCCAACUUCACAUAUCAAUCUACAAUUUCCACACUGGCAUCUCAACAACCUUCAAUCCAUCAAUCAACGAAAUGUUUAAUGCAACAAUCAUAAACUGCACAAUUCCAAAUUUGCUUCUAGUAUUCGAUGUCAAGUCUCUAAAAUAUCUCCCUGAUGAAAGUGAAGAUCCCACUCAGCAGCAGUCCCUCUCAAAAUUUCCAUCACUUAUUCCCCCACAUCCAAGGAAACCUCACUAAUACCCACGCACACCAUCACGCGUCGAUCAUUGAUCAUCCCCCACGGUACAGAUCUGGUGCAUCACGAAAAAUACCCAAGCAACACAUGUACACGUCAUGGAUACUUUAAGAAAGUGGCACACAGCCUCUCCUGGCCUUUUGUAUCACACCCGGAAACCGCGACUGCAACAUCGUAAUCUCACCCUAUGCAAUCUGCACAUACGGCAAAAAACAAAACAAAACACACGGGCAGA